AUGUGUGACUUCACCAAGAACUACUACAUCUACUCGUCGUGCCUGGACCCCGGCGCACACUUCUUCCGCACAUCAGUCGACGGCAACAGGAAACUGGCCUGCCCCAAGGGUCCUCACGAGAGCACCGAAUACCUCACGCACUGUUCACACAUGAAGACUGCAGGCGGCGGGCCUCAACCGGCGACGACAGAAGUCCGGGAGGGAGGAAACCAUGGCAUGAUGGGCGCCCGACACUCCGCCGUGGCUGCUGAGCGGGGAGGGAAGGCCCUCGCCUGGUCCGCCGAGGUCACCUGGUCCGACGACAGAACCGGCGGCGGGGGGCCGUCCACCGCGGAACGGUCUCCCAGCACCAGGGACGAGGAAUGGUGCACGGGUUCUCUGGGUUCGGCCUCGGGGGCUGGCGCAGGGGGUGACGUUGUCCUGUCGUGGUCGUGGACAUCUUCCUGGCGCUGA